AUGGAUAAUAUUAAUAUAGUUAAUAAUUUUUGGGGAACUCCAAGUCAAACAGGUUAUAAAACUAUUAUAUCUCGAAUGAAAGAUUCAUUACAAACUAUUCAAGAAAUUCUUAAUUAUUAUGAAGAUAGAAUAAAUAUUGAAAAGGAAUAUACCAAGAGACUUGAUAAAUUAAAUCAAAAAUAUGUUCUUGGAUCUCGAGAAACAGGGAGUUUAAAAAUUGCUAUAGAUAAAUUAUCUAUGGAGAAUCAAACUAUGGUUCAACAUAAUUAUAAAUUUAUAAAAUCGGUUGAUGUUAUUAAUCAAGAGAAUUUGAAAAAUUUUUAUAAGAUAUAUGAAAGGAAAGUUCAAAAGAUUGAGCAUCAUAUGAAUAAAUUAAUUUCAAAAUUGGAAUCUGCUUAUAAGAGUCUUCAAAAUAGUAAACGAAUAUAUCAAGAAAAUUGUUCUUCAAUAAAAUCAAUGAAAUUAACAGUUCAAACUACUUGGGGAAAGGAAUUAGAAAAGAAUGAAACUAAUUUACGUAAACUUCAAUCUUCAGCUAGAAAAGUUGAGGAAGAUUAUACUAUGAAUUUACAAGCUUAUAAUGAAUUAGUUGAUAUUUAUAAUUGUGAUUGGUCAAUGGCUCUUCAAGAUUUUUAUAAAUUAGAAAUUGAAAGAAUUCAAUUAUGUAAAGUUAAUUGUUUUAAUUUUUGUAAUAAUAUUGCUACCCUUUGUGUUGAUAACGAUCAAGCUGUUGAUGUAGCAAGAUCAACUCUUGCUAAAAUCCAACCUCAAAAGGAUUUACAAGAUUUCAGUAAAAUGUAUGGAACUGGGAAUAAGAUAUUGAAAAGUUAUACAUUUAUUGAUUAUAGAAAUGGAUUUGAUGAUUCUGCUGUAAGAGAAGAAACUUUUGAUAUUGCUAAUUUUGAAGAUCCAGAAAUUGAAUCUAUAUUAUCAAGAACUUAUUCAACAUAUUCACAAGCAUCACAAGCAGUUAAUAAUCGAGCUCCUCAACCAAAACCUCAACAACUGUCUCCUCAUCCUCAAUUACCUUCUUCAAUAAAUAUAGCAUAUUCUUCAAAUUCUCUUAAUUAUAAGGACAAACCAAUUCCUCAAUUACCACCUGCAACACCUUCACCAACAAAAGUUAAUAUAAGUUCAUUACCUCUUCAACAAGCACCAGCUACCAAGAAUAAACUUCAUCAAGCUAGUUCAAUCUAUAGUUCAAGUCCUGAAGAUGACAAAAAUGAUGUAUUUUCUAUUAAUAAAGAGAAAGGAUCUGUAAAUAGUAAUGGUUAUACCAAUUCCAAUUAUUCUAAUCCAACAAAUUAUUCUGUUGGUAAUGGUCAUGCUCAUACUUCUUCAACAUAUUCUAAUGAAGGAAGAACUUGGUCAUCUCCUAGAAGAAAACUGAAACAAUUAAACGAUUUCCAAGAACAAAUUAAUCAAAUGUCAAGAGAAAGACUGACUGCAAGUAGUAAUAAUCGAAAAGAUGAAAAUGAAGUAGUUAAGCCAACAAAAGUACCUAUCAUGAAAGAUUUUUCAAUUGAUUUUAUUGCAAAAGCAUUAGAAGAUUUAUCAUCAGGUGGAAAUGGUGAUGUAAAUCAAUAUAGAAGAUCAGUCAGAUUAGCAAGAGAACAUGAAGAUAAAUAUAAACAAUAUCAAAGUGAAACUGAACCUACUACCCCUUACAAAACAAGAGCUCAAUCAGAUUAUGUUGAUGAUAGAACAGAGAUAGCUACAAGAUAUGAUUCAAUUAAUUUUAAUUCACCAAGUAACUAUAGGAAAGAAAGACCAAAAUCAAUGAUUGAUGAAGUUUCUAAUAAUAAACCUCAUCAACAUUUCCAUCGACGUUCAUUGCUGAAAUUACCAACUACAUCUUAUAAUGAUUUAAAUUCAAUUAUAAGUCCUCAAAAACCAAAUAUAAUUAAACAAAUUACUCCAAUUACAAAGAGUCCCUAUAUUAUAAAAGCUAGAGCCAAAUAUUCAUAUAAACCACAACAAGAUGGUGAAUUAUUUUUUAAGAAGAAUUGGCAUAUGUAUAUCCUUCAUAAACAAGCAGAUAAUUGGUUUGUGUGUGAAUUAGCCGACAAUUGUCAGGACCACAUUGGUAAAGUGGGUUUAGUACCUGGUAAUUAUUUAGAAGAAAAUAAUUCUAUUUUUUAA